AAAGAGACAGAAUAAAGCGCUGUGCAACAAUGGGCAGGUAGUCUUGCAGCCUUUCUUUUCCUUUGCGACAUCGACCCAUGGAACCUCGCUCAGACAUGCAGCAGCUCAAGGAGGAUAACGCCAGUGGGAGUAUUGUCCCACAAGAGCACAAUGGCACUCCCUCAUGCUCUGAUUCUGAUUCGAAUGAGGCUGGACACUCAAAUACCAAGAUGCUGGAGGCGGAACUGAAGACAAACCUCAGGAUGAUUUAUACCUUGGUUGGAGAGAGAGUCGAUAUGCAGAACAUCGAUCAGGUUCUUCAACAGCGAUUGGGGACUUUGGCUACUCUGCGUGGAGAUGAAUCGAGUGGAUCGGCCGACAGCAAAGACGGCACAAGCCAGCAUGAGUCGGAAACUGCUAUAGAUAAAGAUAGCAAGGAUGUCGAACAGGAUGAACUCGAGAACAUGGACAACGCAAACAUUCGCGCAGAAUUCGUAACCCAGUCUGUGAAACUGCUCGUCAAACUCGAGGAGAUCUUACUGGCUUCCAUUAAGGACCGAGAGCUCUACGAUCCAACGAAUGACAAGGAACUGCUGGGGCUUAUGGACCAGCGGAUGAUCCAUACCAUGCUCGAGAUCAUCGUCUGCUGGGGUAUUUACCCUUGUCUACUACCAGGCGUCGGUAUGCCACUUAGCCGUCGCGUUCGGUCGAACAUUGUCCAGAAGGAACUUUUCGCCCCAGGACCAGGAUCAGCGCCCAGCGGCAGUAUCAGCACUGCAAUAAAGGAUACCGUAGUGGAUCAGAUCAAACAGACAAACCUCCUAUGGAGUAUCAUCGGACCCUUGGGAAGGAUCACAGUCGCCUACACACCAAAAUUAACGAGAUUCACCACCUUGGGGAGUAUUCUGACGAGUCGACAUGUCCCCGAUCUGUACGCGGCUUUACUGCAGUUAGCAUACCGUCCGCUUUCGAAACCUAAGGAGGCUUCCACCAGCGCUCAACAAGCUGAAGGGCCAAACCAAGGGACAUCGUCAUCAAACAAACCCAGAAAGACUACACCAGGCAGUUUGUUGUCUAAUAAAUCAAGGCCUUCCCCAGGAGAUUUGGCCACAACCCCUCUGAAGGAAACGACUCUUCAGCAACGCACGCUCGCCGAAGCAAGCGAUGCCCCCGACAGAUCGCUUCAACUGCAGCAAAAGGAGGAGAGCGCCAAGUUGUUUCACAAUCUCUUUUGGAAUACUGAAGCAGCAAAGUCUUUGGAAUCUCUUACCACCCUAUUGUCAUCAUCCUCACCCAUGCAUCCGACACCCGCAUGGCUUAAGAGCGUUAGCGGACGAUUCCUUUCGCAGAUUCUUCUUCGACCCGGAGGCGUUCGAGUCGUACUCGAGUACAUGCAGGGAGGCGCUGACACCGUGAAGCUGGGCCAGCUGGAGAGGGUUGCGCGGCUUGUUACUUCUGUACCGGAUCAGAUGUCUUCGGUUCAGGAUUAUUAUCGCACCAUCUGCCCUGAGCUGCUCGAGAUUUUGGAGAUGGACUUGAAACUCGUGGACCCGGAUCAGGACAAGACAAAGAUGACAGAGCAGCAAAGCAGGAUCACACCUCCAAGUCCUCAACUUGUGCAAACAACGACCUUUGUGCUGAGCAAGCUAUUGGCAAAAAGCCCAGCCAUCUGUCAGGUUGAGAUCGUAGCCAAGGAGGUUGGGCCGUUAUGGAAGUGGGGGACUAAGGCGAAUAGAAAGGCGCCUGUGGCUAAAGACACCAUACCUAGGAAUGGCGGUAGCCUCAAACAGCCUUCUGUAGUCGAUACGACAGGCGAAGACAUGGACGACGUGGCAUCAGGGCUCGAUCCGCUUGUAGCAUCGGAGUACGAGGUGACCAAGGCCGUCAUGUUCUUGCACUCCUUCCUUGUUGGAAACGAACCCUCGCCUUUACUCUUCCAGGCAUUUUUGGGUCAGGCUGCGCAAGGACUGUACCAACUAUACGAAUUCUCGGCCCAGGUGCGCUCCGUACUUCGCGAGAAGGCUAAGGAGAUCCUAGUCGUCUACUUCAGGAUCCUGGACUCUGCAGAUACAGUUGAAAUACUCAAGGCGAUUGUAAUGCGGCGGCGUGUGCCAGUUCCAAAUUCUAAACCAUGGCAGGAUCUGGUAACACACGAAGGACGGAGGAUUCCAGAUCUGAUCGAGAUGGGUGCCGUCGGCGAGAGUUAUUAUGCUCCUGGACCCACUGGAGGUGCCGUCUUGCGUCGGCGAAGCGUUCAGGAUCGUAACGCGGCUACGCAGCUCGAGCUGGAUGUGGAUAUGUUUAUGGACUUUUUGGGCGAACUCGAUACUACGGGCCGUGAUGGCGAGAUCCUCGGAGACCUCUAUAUGUACUUGCUGGACGAGUACCAGGCAGGAAAAGCCCGUGGUGGAAAUGCAGUGCUGCCAAGAAGGAUGUUGACAAUGCUCCAGCUAAUCCUAAGCAUGACCCAAAAGCUGGGGCCAAGCAUCAUGACCAAGGUCACACAAAUUAUCGGUCUCGCAAAUAAUAUUCUGGAGCACCAGGUCGUGAUUGAGGGGACCGACGGGUCCGAAGCAGUCGCAGACGAGGACCCAGAGGAAGCAGAUAUGGAGAUCCUAGGCCUUGUCCUUACUCUGCUUUCGGCGAUUCUGACAGAAAACGAGCAUUUGUCGCAGCAGGAUCGCCAUCUUUUGUCGCUCACGCUGAUCCACCUCAAGCAACUCGUUAACCACCCACUGAUCGAGAUUCGGCGAGUCGCUCACGAUCUUCAGACACUGAUACCCACCCGUCUCAGCGACUCUUCCUCCACUAACGCCAAUGCCCCGCAAAAGACCGAGAUGGAGGUGGAGAUGGAAAAAUAUGCCUCUGCAUUGGCAGCCCUCCAAGACAGCUUGCUCCCCGUUCGUGCCCAUGGACUCCAUAUCUUGCGGGAGAUGAUCCUUUCAAAGUCAAUUGUGCUGACUCGAUCCAGUGGCGGCGCUGGAGCCGAGAGAGAACUGGAUCAUGCGUUAGAUAUCUUUGUACAGCAUGUGCAGGAACCUGAUUCGUUCAUCUAUCUGAAUGCUGUCAAGGGACUCGCAGCGCUGACGGACGCACAUGGGCCGGAGAUCUUGCGGAAGCUGAUGAGAAUCUAUGCGAAUGAGGACGGCAGGCAGACAUUGGAUACGCGACUCAGGAUCGGAGAAGCUCUUGUGCAGACUGUGCAGCGAUGUGGUGAGGCUUUAGGUGGCUACUUGGACGCGCUGUUGCCGGGACUUUACAAGGUCAUGAACACGGCAGUCGAUAAGAAGAUUAUGGAAGCGAGGGAAGAGGAGAGGAAGGACUUGAUUGAGAAGGUGAAAUUAGAAAGGGCUUCGGAGGCGCUGUUGACACCGGAGGAGAGGCAGCGCAAGUGGAGAGCGGAACGAGAACGCAGGAAAGCGAGCAAUCAAGGAGUCGGUCAAGAGAAUAAGGAGGAAGAAGAGGGUGAGGAUCAGAUUGUGGACGAGGUAUCAUUAUUGCGGUCGAGUGCGCUGACGAUUCUGGCGACUGCAGCUGAGAACUGUCCGACGGGGUUGUUGCCCGAGAUGCGGUACCUCGUGGACUGGGUACUGUCGAUUCUAGACCUCGACCGGCAGACGGAGGUGCGUAGAGCCGCAACAUUAGUGAUGGUGUUGCUGUUCAGAGCGCUCGGAGGGAACUCACUGUACAAGAUCGAGGGUGAUCAAUUGAAGAGGGUAUAUCGGACACUGCGAUAUGUGGAGCAGGUAGAUGAGGAUCCGCUGUGUCGGGCACAGGCGCGUGCUGGGAUUGCAGACCUGGAUGCGAUUGUGAGGAUGGAGAUGAGUGCCGAGGGAAACCAUGGUAGAUCGCGAGGAGUGGGAGUCGGAUCGUUGGCAGGAAUUGGUACCACGGAAGUCCGCUACAAGUAGAUUCCAUAGCCGGACUGCCUCGUUGUAUCCUACAUAUUGUUUAUGGGCCGACUCUGUCGCACAUCCAUAGCUAUUACUGCCUGCGAGCCUGGAAGUCCUAGCCGAUUCUAAUCGGGCUCCUUCGAAAAUCCAGGCCGCCUCAGUUUUUAUGAAGCGUUGCGAGAAAGGAGGUCGAGGAUUAUCGUCAUGGCUAGUGAUAAUUUAGAAACAGAACGAAUCCACUUAAAAAAAGAAGAAAAAAGGGCGAACAGUAAGUUCUUCUUUCUUCAUUCUCCAGACAACGCUUCAUGUUGUUUCUAUCUGUGAGCUUGAAGGACAGCCACAAAAGGUAUUGAUGUAUGCGCGAGUCUGAGCUGCCGUUUACAAACUCUACUGUGCUUGAUUGUAAUGAUUUUUUUUAUAUCUUCAUGCUCGGUCGGCUCUUACCAGAG